AUGUUUCAGUCAUCGAAACCCUACUCCGCGGUGACCGUGCAGAUUGAAGUCCUCACAAGCGAACAGUAUGAAGUGGAGGACUCCAGCGGUAUCGUCGACUUGAUCGAUGUCGUUCGCAUCCAAGCCAGCGGUCCCACAGAAGCCAGUCGGGCUCUGCGCAAGAAGCUGAAAUACGGCAACAUUCAUCGACAACUCCGAGCCCUUACAAUUCUCGAUUUUCUUAUCCAAAAUGCAGGCGACCGGUUCCUGCGUGAUUUCGCCGACGAGCCAUUGCUGGAACGGCUACGUAUCGCAGGAACGGACCCCGUUUCAGAUCCUCUUGUCAAACAGAAAUGUAAGGUUCUCUUUGGGCAGUGGGCUGCGACAUACAAGGAUACCCCAGGCAUGGCCAAGAUCACGGCACUCUACCAACAGCUUCCGAAGCGCAAGCAGCCCGCCACGCAAGCUAGAACCAAGGUUCUACGUGAAGGUGCAAAUACGAACGAGCCUCCAAUGGGACACACGGUAUCUAUCUCAACCGGUAACGGACCCGCCAGGACUCUCAGCAGCCCGAAGCAGAAGCCCAGCAAAUUCAAGAAGGACAAGUCGAAGGAGAAGAAACUUUCGGUCAGUAGCCGAAGCUUUAACCUUGAACGGGAGCGCCCGCAGAUCUUGGAGACUCUGGCUUCCGCCUCGGUUGCCAGCACCAAUCUGUUGAAUGCAUUGAAGCUUGUCAACCGUGAAACAACCCGUAUUAGCGAGGAUGCAGAGUGCAACAACCGAUUCGAAAUGUGUAAGAAGCUCCGACACCAGAUUCUCCGGUACAUCCAGCAUAUCGAGAGCGAGGAGUUCCUUGGCGGACUGAUCCAUGCCAACGAGGAGCUUGUGACGGCUUUGAUGGCAUUCGAGGUUUUGGAUAAGAGCUACGACUACGACAGCGACAGUGACGACGAUGUCUUGUCAGGAAAUUGGCGGUCAAAGGCUGAAAUGGAGGAAGAAAUGAACGAAAGCUUCAACGGACUGAGCGUUAACCCUCCAAAGCCGCCACGACCAGCUCGUCCCGUCAGCCUUUCGCUUGCUUCCUCAUCGCAAGGCACGCGACGGAUUUUGGACAGCGAAAGUGACACGGAGCCAGAAGAGGAAGAUGAUGAUGACCCAUUCGGAGACUCAAACGCCAUCAAGACCCCUGGAGUUGAGAAGACCGGAUAUUCCUGGAAAGAAGUAUAA